AUGUCAGCAGUACAAGCGGAUGGUAAGCUGCGGUUGUACAAUUCGAAAAGCCUUUACGGUUGGAGUGAGGCGAAAUACACCAUCCAAGCUCAGCAUGCUGCAACUGGAAAAAGAGGAGUCGUCGUUUCUAGGUAUAGCAGACUGCCCAGUUUUUCUCUCUUUUCCACUAAAGUUCUCUGCAUAGUAGCGUCGAAAAUUACAAGAAAGAAUUGGGUAUUUGUUAUUGAAAGCACUCUUGUUAGCACUUAUAGAUCGACUUUUGUAUCAGCUGGACGUUUUGCUGGGCACUGGUUAGGGCGACAACACAGCUUCAUGGGCCGAUCUCAAACAUGCGGUCAUCGGAGCCCAGGAAUUCAACAUGUUUGGCAUACCAGUGUUGUAGGAAUAGUUAAACGUUCUGAAAAUAGGUAUGUCGGAUCGGACAUCUGCGGAUUUAUCGCAACGCCUUCGGAAGAACUCUGCCUAAGAUGGCAGCAAGCAGGCGCAUUCCACUCCUUCAUGAGGUGCCUAAUUGUCAGUUCUCUUUUUUUAAAUUUGUUUCUUCUUCUCCUAAACGACACUAACUUCAAAGCAAGACAGUUCAAUGAUAAGUAG